CCCGCCACGGCCCCGGGCCGGUCCCAUCGCUCCUGCUUUUCUUCCAGACGAUCGGGGCCGCCUUCGUGGCCAAGGUGAUGUCUGUGGGGGACCAGACGGUGACCCUGGGCAUCUGGGACACGGCCGGCUCGGAGCGCUACGAGGCCAUGAGCCGCAUCUACUACCGUGGGGCACGGGCCGCCGUCGUCUGCUACGAUCUCACCGACAGCAGCAGUUUCCAACGUGCCAAGUUCUGGGUGAAUGAGCUGCAGAACUGUGAGGAGGGCUGCCGGAUCUACCUGUGCGGCACCAAGAGUGACCUCCUGGAAGAGGACAGGAGGAAGAGGGGGGUCGACUUCCACGAUGUGCAGGAUUACGCUGACGAAAUCAAGGCAGAGCUCUUCGAGACCUCUAGCAAGACAGGCCAGAGUGUGGAUGAGCUGUUCCAGAAGGUGGCCGAAGACUACGUCCACUUCACUGCCUUCCAGGUGAUGACAGAGGAGAAGGGCGUUGACCUGGGCCAGAGGAGCGGUGCCUACUUCUACAGCUGCUGCCACCACUGAGACCUCCUGUCAAAAGGGAACUGCUGCUGCCAGCUGGGCAGCCAGCAUGUGCCAGACUCCUCUGGGUUUUUACCUGCUGUGUUUUAGCUGUACGGGCCCGUCCGCAACACAGCGGCACUGCAGACUGCUCUUGUCCUGGUGUGCGGGGCGGCGGAGGGCUGCCCUGCAGUGCCAGGAGCCUCCUGCGGUGCCGGGAGCCGCGGGCUGUCACCCCUGGGGACCCUCUCCCUGCCAGCCGGUGUCUGCGGGAGCCACUUCCCCCCCGUCACUGCUGUGGCCCAGCGGUGGCUAUUAACUUAUUCUCUCGGAGAUGCUGCCUGAUUCUUUGCAGAUUUAUUUAAGCGUCUUCUCUCGUGUACAAUGUAAAUAAAACGCAUUGUGGUCUGAGCUGUC